AAAAUUAGAAAUCAAGCACCUUGGCCGGCGAUCUGGUAAGCACUAAGCAGGCAUUCAUUUGGAAUUCCCCUCUGCUUUUUCUGGCGAUCAAUUCGAGCUUUAAUUGGAGAACAAUUUGAAGAUGACAACUCCAAAAGUCGCGGGCCCUCAGAUAGCAAUACUUGGUGCUGGUAUUUUUGUCCGCACACAAUAUAUUCCCAGGCUAAGGGAGCUGGCUGAUUGUGUCACAAUUAAAACAAUCUGGAGUCGGACUGAGGAAUCUGCAAGAGCUGCUGCAGAGUUCGCUCGUGAUUUUGCACCAACAAUAGAAUCUAAAUGGGGUGAGGAAGGCCUUAAUGAUAUCAUUCGUGAUGACUCAAUCACUGGAGUUGCAGUUGUUCUUGCUGGGCAAGUUCAGGUUGAUAUGUCAUUAAGGAUGCUAAGGGCAGGAAAGCAUGUGAUCCAAGAGAAACCUGCUGCUGGAUCUAUCAGUGAGGCAGAAGCUGCAUUGUCACAGUACAAUUCAGUGUGCAACAAUUCAAUUUAUCCAAUCUGGGCUGUUGCUGAAAACUACCGUUUCGAACCUGCUUUUCUUGAGUCUAGAAAAUUGAUAAAGGACAUAGGUGAUAUGAUGAACGUCCAAGUUAUUGUUGAGGGAUCAAUGAAUAGUUCAAAUCCAUACUUCUCGAGCACUUGGCGGCGAAACUUUUAUGGAGGUUUUAUUCUGGAUAUGGGAGUACACUUCAUUGCAGUAGUGUCAAGAAUGGUAAAUAUCAAAACUGUAUCUUCAAUUGCUCGGCAUGUGGACAUGCUUCUCACCUGAUACAUUUAUCUGCUCUUUUUCCAAUUAGAGAAUGGUGUUGCUGGAGUCUUUGUCAUGGUUGUAUCUGCUACAUCACCGAAGAUAUUCUGGCGGGUUGAUGGGACUAAAGGAACACUACAGGUUGAGCGUGGGAAUGAGAGUGGAAGGCAUGGUUACUGGUAUAUCGUUUCCUUUUAUCCGGCAGAUGGGGAGUGCCAAAAGAAAUUUUAUCCAUUCUCUGGAGUCACUGAAGAGCUAAAAUCUUUCAUUCAUGAU